UUCAAGUUUUUAGCCAAUGAAGGCCAAUCCAAUUCAGCUUCCCACCACCAAUGGGAACCUCCAUAAACCACCCAUCACCACCAAACACUUCAUCCUUCCAAUCAUAACCUUAACCCUCCUAAUCACAAUCCAUCUCUACCUUGGUAACUUUUCCGGCCUCAGGUUGAUUGGUCCAGCCACACCGGCGGCCGAAGAAGAUAUCAAGUGUAACGUGUUUCAAGGGAGUUGGGUGUUUGAUGAUAAGAAGGAAACGUAUUAUACAAAUGACACGAAAUGUGUUAUUGAUGAUCGACAAAAUUGUAUGAAGUAUGGAAGACCAGAUACCGAUUUCAUGAAGUGGAGAUGGAAGCCUAAUGACUGUGAGUUACCUGAAUUUGAUGCGGUCGAGUUCUUGGAGGUUGUCAGAGGGAAAAGCUUGGCCUUUGUCGGAGACUCCGUGGGAAGAAACCAAAUGCAAUCAUUGGUCUGCAUGUUAGCUAGUGAAGCUUAUCCCAUUGAUGUUUCGUAUACCAACGAUACAAGAUUCAGGCGAUGGACCUUUCCGACCUACAAUUUUACGCUGGUAGCGAUCUGGUCUCCUCUGUUGGUCAGAACUAGAGAUUCAAAUCCCGGCAAUUUCACCCGCAACAGCAUAAUGAACCUCUAUUUGGAUGAGGCCGAUGACGCGUGGACAUCUCAGAUAGAAAACCUAGAUAUUGUCAUAUUCUCAGCCGGACAGUGGUUUUUUCGACCAUUCAUGUACUAUGAGAAGGGCGAAAUAGUGGGUUGUCAUUUCUGCAAUCAAGAAAACAUUACAGACCUAACAGUUUACUAUGCAUACCAGAUGGCAUACAGAACAAUCUUUACCACCCUCCUAAACCUCCACAACUUUACAGGAUUAGCAUUCCUAAGGACAUUUUCACCACAACAUUUUGAGAACGGAGAUUAUAAUAAUGGAGGGAAUUGUGUGAGAACGAGACCUUUCAUGAAGCAAGAGAUGAGAUUGGACGGGUAUAAGUUACAGAUGUAUUCUACUCAAGUAAAUGAGUUCAAGGCGGCACAGAAAGAAGGAGAAAAGAAAGGAUUGAAGCUUAGGCUCCUGGACACUAGCGAUGCUAUGAUCAUGAGACCAGAUGGACAUCCAAACCAUUAUGGGCAUCCAGCCAGUGACAAUAAAAGCUUCCCAGACUGUGUUCAUUGGUGCAUGCCAGGCCCUGUGGAUACGUGGAACGAGUUCUUGCUAGAAAUGUUAAAGAUGGAAGGAGAAGGCUUUAUUGAGAGAGCACCUCAGAGGAACACCACGAAACUGAACCUCAGAUGAAUUUCGUAUAAGCAUCUCAGAAGAUGCGACGUUUUGAUUUAAAGAUGUAAUUACAGUAUUUUAGAAUUUGUAUCUAGCCCAUAUGUUUAAGCAAGAUUUGAAGUGUGCUUAUAUAAUUACCAUCUACUCCUCA